CAGCAAGGCCCGCCCUCGGAAUAUGACACAUAUGCCCGUUAAAGCCACACUCACCUGUCUUCCCUGCAAAGUUGAUCAACUUCACGCACCAGAACAUCCACCAUGGCAGCUCUAAGAACAGUGCUGAGGACCAAGGUUCCCCUUCAGUUGGGCCGCAUGUGCUACUCGUCCUCGGUGCCAACCACCAAGCUAUUCAUUGACGGCAAGUUGGUGGAAUCCAAAAGCUCAGAAUGGCUGGAUAUUCAUAAUCCUGCGACAAAUGAGGUGAUAGCUCGGGUUCCUAAAGCCACCGAGGAGGAGAUGACCGCUGCGGUGGACUCUUGCUCCAGAGCCUUCCAGUCUUGGUCGGAGACCUCCAUCCUGGCCCGACAGCAGGUCUUCCUCCGCUAUCAGCAACUCAUCAAGGACAACAUCAAAGAGCUUGCCAAGUCCAUCACGGUCGAGCAGGGAAAGACCCUGGCUGAUGCAGAAGGGGAUGUGUUCAGAGGCCUGCAGGUGGUGGAGCACGCCUGCAGCAUCACCUCCCUCAUGCUGGGGGAGACCCUCCCGUCCAUCACCAAAGACAUGGACACCUACACACUGCGUCUGCCGCUGGGCGUGUGCGCCGGCAUCGCCCCCUUCAACUUCCCCGCCAUGAUCCCUCUGUGGAUGUUCCCCAUGGGCCUGGUGUGUGGCAACACCUACCUGCUGAAGCCCUCGGAGCGAGUCCCCACCUGCGCCAUGCUGCUGGCUCGCAUGCUGCAGGACGCCGGCGCUCCGGACGGCACGCUCAACAUCAUCCACGGACAACAUGACGCCGUCAACUUCAUCUGCGAUCAUCCGUCCAUCAAGGCCAUCAGCUUCGUGGGGUCCAACCAGGCGGGCGAGUACAUAUACGAGAGGGGCUCCAGACACGGGAAGAGGGUCCAGUCCAACAUGGGAGCCAAGAAUCACGGCGUGGUGAUGCCUGACGCCAACAAGGAGAACACCCUCAACCAGCUGGUGGGGGCUGCCUUCGGGGCGGCGGGUCAGCGCUGCAUGGCGCUGUCCACCGCCGUGCUGGUGGGCGAGGCCCGGCGCUGGCUGCCGGAGCUGGUGGAGCGAGCCAAGGCCCUGCGUGUCAACGCAGGAGACCAACCUGGUGCAGACGUGGGCCCCCUGAUCUCUCCGCAGGCCAAGGAUAGAGUCUGCAGCCUGAUCCAGAGCGGCGUGGAGCAGGGCGCCACCGUGCUGCUGGACGGCAGGAACGUCAAAGUCAAGGGCUACGAGCGUGGCAACUUUGUGGGUCCCACCAUCCUCGCCAACGUCACUCCCGACAUGAAGUGCUACACGGAGGAGAUUUUCGGGCCGGUGCUGGUCGUCCUGGAGGCCGACAAUCUGGACGAAGCCGUGAAGCUGGUCAACAAUAACCCCUACGGCAACGGCACCGCCAUCUUCACCACCAACGGCGCCACCGCACGCAAGUACACUCAUGAGGUGGACGUGGGCCAGGUCGGAGUCAACGUUCCCAUCCCGGUCCCGCUGCCGAUGUUCUCCUUCACCGGAUCCAGGGGCUCAUUCCGAGGAGAUAUGAACUUUUACGGGAAACAAGGAAUCCACUUCUACACUCAGAUCAAAACAGUCACCUCCCAGUGGAAGGCUGAAGACGCCACUCUGAAGAGUCCCGCGGUCACCAUGCCGACGAUGGGGCGCUGAAGGCCGUCCAAGCAUCGGGUUCCAAAACUCACCCUGUAAAUACAACCAAGAAGAACUAAACUCACUGGAUUUAUCACAACCUGUAUUUUGUAAAGUGGCCAAGCGCCAUCUAGUGGUGCUUGAGUACAUUUCAGUACACACUAAACCUCUGAAAAAAAAGACAAACCACAUAAGUGUCAGUUUCUGUCGUUGUUUUAUGUACAGAUCACAAAUAUUAUUCACAAAAGUCAAGCAAAGUGUUAAAAUGACAGAAAAUUGAAAUGACAAGUCACAAUUUUAAGACUUUGAAAAAGCCCCAAGAAAGUCAAAACGGUGAGAUGUUGAGUUAAGGCAGUGACCCAGGUUAGAUUCCUCUCAGUGACUGAGGUUAGAAACUAAACAAGUUACGAAGUCACACAACACAGAGGUAGAGAGGAUGGGACGGCACACACACCUAACUGUCAGGGUUGGCAGUGCCAGCCAGGGGAGCUGGCCGCCCUCCAGCCUCUAGCUCAUGUGGGACUUGAACUUACAACCCUUGGUUCACAUGCAGCCUCAUGAUAUAGAGGGGUGAGAGUCAAUAACCGGCGUUGCGUGAUAGAUAAAGAGCACACAGGCUCCGGGGUGUGAGGUGCAGUCAGAGUUCACGCGCUGUGGAUCCUGGGCAAGCCGCCUGCGCUGCAAGCCUCAGGCUCAGGCUCCGGCGCCUCCGUGAGGAACGUGCUCGCUGGCCGCCGCUCUUUCAUUCUGGAAGGCAGAGAGUUAAUGACACCAGAGCUGAUGAAGUCGCCAAAGUGGGGCAGAGAAACAACACAUGCUAAUUGCAAGGAGGAAAGAGCAACAAUGUAGACUGUAAUCUGCGAGCGAGUCAGUCAUCUUCAGCAUGAAGCGGCUGGCGUAAUUACACCUGACAGCUCAGCAUGAAAGAAAGGUGCAAAUAAAAACCUCGACAUCAAUGUCGCGCGCGUUUGAACCGCACGAUGAAGUGAGAUUAUACAGGAGCCGGAUGAGAGGGAAAUUGGAAUAAAGCCGUAAAUGAAUUACAAGUCAAAUCCAGUGAAAAUGUCAGAGGCUGUUUUUGGGUUUAAAAAGAUUAUGCAACGCACUGUAAAGCGAGUCAAAACUAGUGAGUGAAAUUGGAAUUGAAAAACGUUUAAAAUAUGGCUCCAAAAUCACCAUGAACAUGAUGAAAGUAAAAUCUUGAAACACAGUGUCAAUAUUCUGACAGUUUUUUGAGAUGACAGAGAAGUUGUGCAGAAUCUGAUUCAUUAUUAUUAUUUUUGUAGAAAUAGGAAAAAUAGGUUGAAAUAACACUAAUACUAAAUAUACUUUCAUCAUCAAUAUGAUGAAACAUGGAUAGUGACAUCAAAACGUAAAUACAGGACUGAAUCUCACAGUUCAUUGGACUUAAGCCACCAAUACUGAUGUAUGACCACCAGUGAAUACGACUAGAAUUAAAA